AUGCAAACAUCUGCACAUGAAGUUUUGGCAUUUAAAUGGUUUGAUCGUGGAUACAAUUUUUUUAUUACAGCAGGAGCUGAAUGUGGUAAAAGUUAUUUGUUAAACAAAUUAGCAACUAGUGAACAACUAUAUAAAAAAAUUGAAAUUACAGCUAGUACUGGCAAUGCUGCACAUCUUAUCGGUGGUAUGACACUUCACAGUUUUGCUGGAAUUGGUGAGGGUAGAAAUAAAUGUGAAUUUUAUAUAAAGCAUAUGAAACCAGAGGAAAGAAAGAUGGAUAAAUACAGACCGAGCAAAGUAAGAUUUGAUAACGAGGAACUUUUUGGUGGCAUGCAAGUAAUUGUUUGCGGAGAUUUGUUGCAAUUAAAAUCUAUCGAAGGCGAUUAUAUAUUUAAAUCCGAAGUUUGGAAAAAAUACAUGCGGCGUUCUAUGGUAUUGACAAAAUGUUUUUGUCAAAAAGAAGAUCCUCAUUUUUUUAAUGCUUUAAAUGAAAUUCGAUUGGGAAAAGUAAGCGAUGCAGCUAUAGAAUAUUUAACAAAAAGACAUUUUACAAGUGAUCAACUCAUUGACAAAAGUUGUCCCAGAUUAUUUUUCUUAAGAGGAAACGUUUUUAAAUAUAACGAAUUAAAAAUGAGCGAGUUAAAGGGUAAAGCAACAUGUUUCAAAGCUAAAGAUAAAAUUUUAGAUAAAACUAUAACUCUAAAUUCGUUUCAAAUUCCACCCGAAGUCACAGUCAAAUUGGGAGCUGUUGUCAUGUUAUUAAAAAAUAUCAACGUAGAAGAGGGUCUAUGUAACGGUGCGGUCGGUGUUGUAACUCAUUUAGGUUUAAAUAGUGUCAACGUUUUAUUUCAAGACAACGAAAUCGUAACUGAAAUAAUGAAAGAAGAUAUUUUUGAUUCGAAAAAUAAAAUCAUUGCAUCUUGA